GCCAAAAUUUCACCAUUUUUUGGCUUUGGAGUGUGAUGGAAUAAAUCAAAAUGGAUCUCUAAACUGUCUGCGCUUCUUUAAUUAAUGAAGUAGCAGUUAGUCAAGCAAUGCAACUUUCGACGUUGAGCCGGGGGUCUCUUUGGAAACAGCCUCUCUACUUUCGAGUAGGGGUAAGUCUGCCAAUCCUUCCAUGCGCAUAUGAUCAAAUCAAAUUAUAUGCUUGUUUAUAUUUAUGCAUGCACAUACACGCACCCGUGCAUAUAUGAUUGUAGACGCAAUGAAAUUGCGCUUGUGAUAUGAUUUGCUCCCGAAUUGUCUGCAUGUUCUCUUCAAAUUCCAGUUUUCGGAUCGAUCUAGUUGUUCAUAUAUCGUUAUUCUUAUGGUUCCUGGAGAUCUGAUUUCGCCGAUCUGGAUUUUGGAGUAAGGAGAGACAGAGAUAGGGUUCGGAUUUCCAUCGGAUGAUUUGGUUCGGAUUGCGAAUUUGAGUUGAGCGGAGAUCGAGAGAAUGCCACAGGGUUCUGGUUCGGACGUGGAGCCGGAAGAUUCUGAAUCCGAAGCAGAUUUCGUUGAGGUCGAUCCCUCGGGUCGAUAUGGCCGGUACAAAGAGGUGCUUGGAAAAGGAGCUUUCAAGAAAGUAUAUAGAGCAUUUGACCAAUGGGAGGGAAUUGAAGUUGCUUGGAACCAGGUUAAGGUCACGGAUAUACUAAGGAAUUCUGUGGACUUGGAGCGUCUUUAUUCUGAAGUCCAUUUGCUGAAAACUCUCAAGCACAAGAACAUUAUCAAGUUCUACAACUCAUGGAUUGAUGGCAGGAAUGAGAAUAUCAACUUUAUUACCGAAAUAUUCACUUCAGGAACUCUAUGGCAGUAUCGUAAAAAACACAAAAAGGUUGAGGUGAGAGCAUUGAAGAAUUGGGCCAGGCAGAUACUAGAGGGGCUUUCCUAUCUUCACAGUCAUGAUCCUCCAAUUAUUCAUAGGGAUCUUAAGUGCGACAAUAUUCUUGUAAAUGGUAACCAAGGAGAGGUGAAAAUUGGUGACUUAGGACUGGCUGCCAUUCUGCGCAAAGCUCGUUCAGCUCACAGUGUCAUUGGCACACCGCAAUUCAUGGCUCCAGAACUCUAUGAGGAGGAUUAUAAUGAACUUGUAGACAUAUACGCAUUUGGUAUGUGCUUGCUGGAGCUUGUGACCUUUGAAUUUCCAUAUGCUGAAUGUGCCAACCAUGCUCAAAUAUACAAGAAAGUGAUAGCAGGAAUCAAGCCAGCAUCAUUGGAAAAGGUGAAGAAUCCCGGAGUUAAAGAAUUUAUCGAAAAGUGCAUUGCAGAGGUCUCUGAACGCUUGUCUGCCAAGGAUCUUUUAAUGGAUCCUUUUCUCACGUCAGAUGAUGAUUCUGGAAGCUUUGCUCGCUCCUCAUCCAAUCUUCAACUUGCAGAUAGUCAUCACAAUUAUGAACCCAACGGUUCAGAGGCGGGGGGACACCUACUGCCUGAGGGUGCUCGGGACUUUACAGUGCAGGGUCAAAGGAAGGACUUGAAUACAAUAUUUUUGAAACUACGAAUUGCUGAUUCAUCCGGUCACAUUCGGAAUAUCCAUUUCCCAUUCGAUAUCCAAGUUGAUACCGCAAAUGCAGUUGCUAGUGAGAUGGUUGAGGAACUGGACCUUACAGACCAAGAUGUCUCUGCAAUUGCUGCCAUGAUUGAUGCCGAAAUCAGGUCAUACAUUCCAGACUGGGCACCAGAAGAGAGACCCCAUCCUCAGAUAUCCGUUGUUGAAAAUCCAAGUCCAGAUGAUGUCGGCACUUCUAGAAGCCGUGAUGAACCUUCUGCAGCCGAGUGCAUUUGCUCUGGUGCUGGUCUUGUACUAGAAAAGCUCCCUUCGGGUCGUAAGUAUUGGUCCGACUCACCCAAAACCAGUCCUGCUAACUCUCCUCUCAGGCCACCACGACCCGAUUCACCAAACACCGAAUCCAGCUGGACUGAAGUAAAUGAGAAGCCAGUGGAAAAUUCGUGCCCGCACGAAACCAAUCCCCAAAACGAGCCGAAUCAAACAAAGACACCAAACGAGACGUGCACUGAUGCCACUGAAAGAGCUGUGCAAAAACUGGAGAAGCUCAUGCUUGAGCAGCAAAACGAGCUGGACGAAUUGAGAAACAAACAUGAGAUGGCUAUCUUGGGCAUAGUUGAGGAACUUCCUCUUGAAAUUCGGGAUGGAGUUCUCGCCAUUUGUAGCAAGCAGAUCUCCAUCCAUAAGUCACAAUACGAGCGAGGAUCUUCUUCUCAUUCUUCGACUUCUACUUGGAACUCUAAAGAUCGAAGCGCUUCUUCGUAGAUAUAAUAAAGCAAGCAAACUAGCAAACCAUUGAUUGGUUGAUUGAUAGCAAAUCAUCAUAAUGCCGAGGAAGGUACGUCCCUCUAUGAGUGACACUUUCUUUGAGUGCUUGAAUAGGUUUCUAACUCACUACGUCGUGUUUGAUCUGAAAAAGAAAAAAAGAAGGCUUUUAAAUUUCCGUGGAGUGUAUUAUACCUGUACAUAUGGAUUCGUGUUGUAUUAGCGACUGUAUUUGUUGCUCAUGUCUGUUUUGUUUGUUUUUGCAAUUCACAUCAAGCUGAACAUAUAAUAAGAUUUGCUUUUUUGG